AUGGAACAAACAGCGUUACUUGAAACGCUAAAAGAAGAGGAAAAACUAUUGCUCGAACUUCAGAUAAAACUGAAAGCACAAUUACAAAAGUUAAAAACUGAAGAAUUGUCUUUGUUAGAAAUGAUAAUAACCAGCAAAAAGCAACUUGGCAGUGACGAUGUUGAGACUAGCUCCAUCUCCAAUGCAAAUUAUCGGCCGACACUGGUAGAUCCUAAAUCGUGCUCUAAUGCAACAAUGGCUCCAUCUUAUGAUGAUGAUCCUACAAUGGUAAAUCAAAAGCCGUUACAUGGUUUACUCCCUGCACUGGAUACGCAUAACAUGAGUUCCGAUGAAGAAGAAUCCGAAAGUGAUUUGGUUGCAGAUGCAUAA